CUCCCACCUCUCUACACAGUAUAUAACCGAGAGCUUUUCCCAUCUCACCAAGCACAUCUCCUCUCUCUGAUCCACAAUCCACCAGCUCCUCUCUGUGCUUGCAGGCUCCAGUCAAGAUGAACCCAAAGAUGAACUUGAGCACCCUGCUGAUCGUGUUGCUGCUCUCUCUGGGCCUGGUCUCUUCUGCUCCUCUGGCAAUUAGCACAGGCAACACCUGCUGUCCAAGUACACAGAAGGCAAAGAUCCCGCUGAAACAGAUAGUCUCCUACUACAAAACCAGCAGCAGCUGCGCCCUGCCGGCCCUUGUGUUUGUGACUAAACUCGGAAAACACUGGUGUGUGAAUCCCGCUGAUGGCUGGGUGAAGAGCCAUGCAGCUGCUGUGGACCGCAGGUUGGCCAGCACUCCAGCGAUGAGCACCUGAGCCUAAGGCCUACCGCCCUAGCAGGCUGUCAAUGAGCACACACACUUCCUGCUGGACACUGUGGUGGGAAACUCAUAAACGAGAGAGGAAU